UAAAGGAAGUUAUAUUCCAGAUAGCACAACCUAAUUUGAUGAUCUCAUGAUUAUUUUAAGUCAUUUUCUCUGAGGGCAGAGACAGGGUGGGGGAUACCUUUAGUAUAAAAACACCAGAUACCUUGUUCUCAAUAUCACUUGCUAAAACAAAGGUACAGUUUUGAAGAACAAAUUGUGUAAACCUACUAAGGAUGGCUUAUAGCAGACGCAAUUUCCCAAUGUCCCAGUGGAGCCCGACGUUUGUACAAGAGCUCCUCCCUGCUGCCGAAAAGACAGCUCUUCUCUACCGUCUCUCUUACCUGUGCCUGGCCAACUUCCCCAACCUGGAGAGGAUCAUCAGGAGUCGGGCUGUGGAAACCCAGCUUCUGUUUGGCUCCUCUGAGGCAACGAUGUUGAAAUGUAUUUUGACCGGUGAAAGCCUGGUUCAGUCGCUGUUUCCCAUGUUGAUGAAAGCUGUGGAGAAAAAUAAGGCGAUUCUGGUAGUCAAAUUUCUAGGGAAAGCACAAGUCUGGAUCAAAGAAGUUAUCAGUGAUGUGGAAAGGAUAGUGGAAAAGUAUGAUUUACACAACAAAGAUGUGGCAUCAUCCACCAGUGAUGUUGUUGUGGAAAAAUUACAUAUCGAUAAAGCGAGAGAAAAAAAAGACAUUGAAAUGGAGAAGGCUAAAAAUAUCCUGAAUCAUCUGAAAUCAGAUCUUCAAAAAACCACUGAAGAGCUUGCUGAAAUUGAGAGAAAGAUAAACCACAAAAGCAAAGAGAUUCAGAAAUUUGCCAGAUCCAUAACCCAAAAAAGUAAAGGCCUCGGCAUCUUUGCUGCAAUUGUUCCAUUCAUCGGGCUACUUUUGAAAAGCAUUUAUGAUGCUGUAUGUGAUCCUGAACAUUUUGCCCAUAUGAAGGCUCUUGAAGCUGAAUUAAAUAACCUUUUCACUGAGAAGACUGCUCUGAAACAAAAGCAGUGGCAGCUCGAACUCCAGAUCAUUGAUUGGCAGAUGAAGUUUGCAAAGCUAAUUUUGAACACGUCCAUACCUGACCCCAUCCAUCUAAAUGAAGUUCAGUGUAGCUUGUCAAAAAUUCAGGCAAUUCUGAUUCAGCUGAGAAACUUCUGGGAGAAUGUUGCUCAAAUGUUGGACUGCCUCGAACAAAAGACCUUUGUUGGAGAAUAUCUUAUCGAAGACCUUGCCGAACUAAAAGAUGAAUUUCUAGAAUCAAUCAAAAUAGCCAAAGAGGCUUGGAGUAGUUUUGGUGAAGGCUGUAAAAAAGCAUCUGUCAUCUUCAAGCUCCAAACCAAAAAUGCCUACAGGUUUCUGGAGGUCAGUCCUUCCUCUCUCUCCAAGGAGCAGUGGCAAAAAGAGUAUGAAAGUGUGAAAAAACAACUGGAGAAAAUAGACUCGCCACAAUGUGUGACAUCCUCUAAUACACCUGCCAUUUCUGAGUGAUCUACAUGCACAAAUAUCCAUUUGUUUUCUGUCUUGUGACGCUGGUAACCUGGGAUGGUGUUUAACUCUUUAAAUGUGUGUGUGUAUGUAUAUAUAUAUAUAUAUAUUCUAUGCACUGUAUGCAUCUUCUUUUUCUGAACUCUUGCAAAAAGACUCCUGUUAAACAGAUAAAUAAUUGAAUGAAUAUAUCUCUGAAUAAAGUUUUACACAAUAACAUAAUUAUAGAUUUUAAUUUUUGUUUUGCAUAAUCCCACUUCUGAACACUUUUUAUUUUUAGUCUAGAGUCUCAUUUAAGUUUCAGCAGCAAAUACUUUGUCAUCUAAAACAAUUUUUGCUGUCACUGGAUACACAAAAAUGGUAAUGUUUAUUUGUAUAGUGCUUCUCACAAUAUUAACGUUGCAAAGCAGAUUCACAGAAAAUGAAAGUUUCUACAUUACAAUUGACCUAUUGGUAAGCCCCUCCCCUUGAAUGCAGACUAGCCAAUGGCAGUCGAGUAUCAGCUUGCACGGGGAGCGGAACUCGGACGUCUUCAGGUUUC